AUGCUUUCCCGUCUGACCUCUCAAGCCAAAGAGAAAGUUCGAUCCAAGGUGCAGAGCCACGUGCGAAAGGGAGAGACCGCCCAAUUGCAAGGCUAUAAGCAGCCGACCGAGCGUGCAGGCCUCCUCUGUACCGACGAACUUGAGCUUGCCACAGAACGAUGCCGAACCAAGGUUGAUGCGAUCGCCAAGAGGUGCCGGGAACGCAAUCGCCGCUUCCGUGAUAUAGAGUUCGACCUCGAGGAAGACCGAGAACGAUGUCUACAUGGUCUCGAUACGCCUGAAGAUGGUGGCCACAAACCUGCCGAUGUUAUGCGCCCUGCGUUUUUCAUCGAUGGUGCAAACUGUUCCGACAUUAUGCAAGGCCGCUUGGGCGACUGCUGGUUUUUGAGCGCAUUGGCGAUUGUCUCUACUGUAGGGGAAUUGAUUGAUAAGAUAUGCGUUGCGCGGGAUGAAAAAGUUGGGGUGUAUGGGUUCAUCUUCUUCCGUGACUCUACCUGGGUUGAUGUGAUCAUCGAUGAUCUACUCUAUACUUCGCUUCCGAAAUACGACCAACUAUCUUCCCCAGAACGCAACCUCUACCACUUCGACCGAGACAAAUACAAUAGCGCUGCUCGAAAGGGUGGAAAGGGUCUUUACUUUGCCAAAGGUGGGACUGAAAAUGAGACAUGGGUUCCACUUAUUGAGAAAGCAUACGCCAAAUUGCACGGCGACUACGCUUCGCUUGACGGAGGAUAUGCUUCAGAGGCCAUCGAGGAUCUUACUGGGGGUGUGUCAAGUAUAUUCCACACGCACGAUAUCCUAGAUGAAGACCGGUUCUGGGAGGAGGAGCUUUUGAGGAGCGAACUGGUGAAUGGAUUAUUCGCCGGUCACGCCUAUUCAGUUAUCUCCGCUCUUGAAGUCAACGGAAAACGUUUCCUCCGUCUUAGGAACCCUUGGGGCAAAGUUGAAUGGACAGGGGCAUGGUCUGACGGCUCUAAAGAGUGGACAGCGGAAUGGCUUGCAUUUCUUCCUCAACUCCAGCACAAAUUUGGCAACGACGGAGAGUUCUUGAUGGAAUACAAGGAUUUCCUAGCCACUUGGACCAUCAUCGAGCGCUGUCGGUUAUUCAACUCUGACUGGAAGUUGAGUUCGAUGUGGAUAAACGCGACAUCAAGGGGCAUCCCAUCCGCCCGGAGCUUCGGUGAUAUUUCAUUCACGCUGAAUGUGACAGAAAGUUCCCCUGCUGUAAUAGUUUUGUCCCAGCUCGAUGAUCGAUAUUUCUCGCAAAUAUCUGGACGCUGGGCUUGGUCGCUUGAGUUUUAUGUUUAUCGUAAAGACUCUCCUUCCACGGAGCCAUACGCCAUCUCGGAGCACACAAUGCUUUGGCGCAGGAAUGUUCAUGUAGAACUGGGCAAACUUGAAGCUGGCGAGUAUGUGGUUCACGUAAGACUGGAUCGCGAUGUAACUCGUAGCAAAGAUGCAAUGGAAGAAUCUAUGAGCAAAUGGAACCUACGGAAGCUGAGCCAGGUCCUGACCGAGAUGGGGAAGUCCCACUCGGUUGCAGUUAACUUUGAGUCGGCAGAACUUCUUCCUGCCCCGACUGACAUUUUUGGCGGUCAAGAUCUCACGGCAAUCGAACUUGCUUUCCAUGAAAAGGACCAGGAAGAAGCGGCCAAGAAACGAGCAGCACCCGAUUCCGAUUCCGAUUCCGAGGACUCUGAAUCAUCGAGCGAUGAGGAGUCAGAGUCAGAAGUGGUAGUCACCGAUCCCAGUCUUGUUUCAGUUCCAGACUCACCAACGGAACCACCAACCAUUGGCGCUACUCCAGAGGAUCCCGCGGCAGACUCCGAGAGCGAUGAUGAUACUAAAAGUGAAGCAACCGUCGAAAGCGAUACUGCUCCCAAGCAAGGUAAAUCUCAAAAGGAAGAUGUCCCACCACCGAAUUCAGCCAUGGGUGUCCCACGCAAGCAGACAACUAAAAAGAAGAAAGGCCCUAUUCACGAAACUGUCUCUUGUGAUGGCUGUGGAAAAUUCCCAAUAGUUGGAGCAAGGUACAAGUGCCUGAACUCGAGCUGCCCUAACUACGAUCUCUGCUCUAAAUGCAUGGGUAAAAAUGUGCAUAACCCAGACCAUCAGAUGCUUUGCAUUCGCACCCCCGAAGAUGCAAGCAAACUAGCUCGAAAGGAUGACGACAGCGAUGACGAGGAAGACAACUCUAUUACCCUUGGCCUUCGAGUUUACACUCAAGGCGAGGCUCUUACCACUAUUGCAGCACAGCUUCGUCACGGUAACCUAGUUGGCUGGCGUCGGAAGGAAUAG